UCCUAAACAAAUAAUAUCCGCUCAUCAAUCAUUGUCCUAUUUCUGCCAACUAGAUUUCCCCAGAGGAGUCAUCAAUCAGCUUGGUUCCGAAGAUUGACAGCCUCACCCCCUUAGUCUCCUCUUCCCUGUACAGACUCAUACUAAGAGUUUUUAAAAGCCCCAGGUUGCAACAGGGUUAGCAGACUCAGAGGCAGAGGGACAGCGAUUGAGGAGCUCUGGAAAAGGCCAGAACAUGAAGGGCCCCAGCAGCCUGGUGAUGACAGCCUUGGCCCUUCUCCUGGUGCUGUCUGUCCUGGGAAACUCCAGCGGCGCCCCGCAGAGACUCUUUGAGAGAAGGAACUGGACCCCCCAAGCUAUGCUCUACCUGAAGGGCGCUCAGGGCCGUCGCUUCAUCUCCGACCAGGGCCGCAGGAAGGAGCUCGCUGACCGGCCGCCUCCAGAAAGACGAAACCCGGAUCUUCAACUGCUUACUCUCCCAGAGGCUGCAGCCCUGUUGCUGGCUUCCUUGCAGAAACCACAAGAAGAUGAAGGAAGAAAUUUUGAUCAAAGCAGAUUCCUGGAAGACAGACUGCUGAACUGGUGAAGAUGAACCAGAGCACACUCAAGUGUAGUUCUAUUCAUGGUGAAAACCGUUGCCACAUGAUUAGGGCCCGUGCACCCUUCCUUCCACACCUAUAACCCUAGACACCAGUACCUCUAGGAUUAGUCCUUCAGAAGUAAGACGCAUGGGAUUCUGAACACUGUCAAGUUCUGUUGCCUUAAGUUGACAUCACCUGUCUUGCGUAGGCUUGGGUUUUGUAUGGCCUUGAGAAUGCUGGGGUGGAGAAUGCAGACUUGUUCUUUCUUUCCUCUGUAGUCAGGCACUGCUGGGUCUUCGCAGUUUGUUUCUCAUCCCAUCACCUUUGUGGGUGUCACUCAGCAACAGUUCUCCCAACCCCCUUUCCCCAUCCCCAGUAAGAGAGAAGGUAUGGUAGGAUUUGUGUGGCUUUUUAUAACUCAUUGAGGAGAGGUCAGUUAAGGAGGGAGGUGAAGAGAAGAUAUCUGGGAUAAUGCUCCCAUAAAAACACAUAUUGUCUAUGACUGCUGAGACAGGGGACCCUCCAUGAUGCAGAAACCCUUGGAAAAUCUGUGAAGACCCAGGGCUUGGAGCCUCCUUGUGUUUCAAGGAGAUCCACUUAGAAACUUGGACCUUAAAGUCGCUGGAAGAUGGUGAUGGAGUUUGUGAGAGCAUAUGCUCCCCAAAGGUACAAAAUAGCUUGAGGUAUCUUGCUUUCUGUGACUGAAAGAGAUGUCAUCAUGACUUUGCAUUAAGGUACUCCAUGACACAAGUGUACUCCAUCUGCAUGAUUUAUCUGUUUCCAAAUCCAAACACACAUGCAGGAGCACGCGCGCGCGCGCACACACACACACACACACACACACACACAGUUGGGGAUGUGGGGGGUGAGAUUCCCCACAGCCAGCAAAAUAACUAACUUGGAAUUACAGCAUGAUUACUGUGGUAUUUUUUAAACAAAUCAGUUCAGAGUCAUUAAGCAUAAGUGCCCAAGUAACACUUAUUGAUUCUUAUCGUCCCCAGCUUACAGCUAUUACUUUGUAGCUAUAGAAUAUUUUUAUGUGAAUAUCUCUGUAAUCUGAAAUUUUAAGUCAACUGUGUUAAG